ACCAAAAAAGUGUAUAUAUACUAGUCUCUGAUAUCAAAUUUUAAGAAAACAUUGCAUUGCUUUCCCUUAAAUUAAACACCAAACAUGCAAGUUCAAACACUAGAAAAAAAAAUUUCCAACCUUCUUGUCACCAAUAAAAAAAUCAUGUCGACCGAUGAGACUUUAACUGAUUCGCAAUUUCAGCUGGUUCCCGCUAAUGGCUCUUCUUCAAACAACAUUAGAGAAGAAGAUGUGAAGCGCCUUGUCGAGAACGGUGUACAUGACAAAGGCAUACAACUUGGCUCCAAGAUUGAAGGGAUCAUCGAUGGGAAGUUUGAUAAGGGCUAUCUUGUGACCAUAAAUAUGGGACCACAGGAGCUCACAGGAGUGCUUUACCACUCUGCUCCUUCCGAAACUCCUCGAAGACGCAAGAAGAAAGCAAAACUGUGUCAUGUGUAUUCUUUGCGCCCUAAGUUCCCCAGAAGCGGCUAUAACUUCUUCUUCUCCGAGGAGUACAAGAGGCUUAAGGCUGCGAACGCUGAGCAGGAACAUUACCUCGCCAAGGAGAUCGGGAACAAUUGGAGGAACCUCUCUCCAUCUGAUAGAGAGGUUUAUCAAGAAAAGGGGGCUGAGGAUAUAGAGAGGUACAAGAGAGAGAUGGCUGUAUACAAAUCCUUCGUUGAUUCCCUUGCUGCGGGAAGUGUUGCUGCGACUGAUAAUGCUGUGGCUAAGGCUGAAGCUGCGGAUGAAGCUGAGGAUGAGGCCGAGGCGGGUCUCUAGUUUGUCUUAUCUGCUUGCAACUUUCUUAUUUUUCAGCAUUUUAUAAUUUAAUAAUAAGUUGUAGAGUUGGCCAGAGAUUUACAUGCGUGUAAUAUUUGCCAACUUUUACAUAAGUUGUUGUCUUUCCUUUGUUCUUGUUUUCUCUGUUUUGCAA